CGCUUGUCUGUGAAAGAGGAAAAGUGAGAACACACACACUCGACCAUGCGCCAGUACUGCAAAUCCUGUCGGUCCUAUGAAAAUGCAAAUGCUUUUCCCCGAGCCUUUCUUCCGUACUGAAUGGCUCAUGUGCAGAGCUGGCUGGGGAUUUGAAUUUUCAAAUUAUUGCUUGAUGAAAGGAAAAGUUUAAGACGUCUGCGACCAUUUUGUGUAAUCAUAUCGCCCGGAGUCAGUAUAUGAUCUGAUUCCAAGUCCAUCGAGUCCCGUCAGUCGCUUCUACUGUUAUUGAUGAGUUUGAAGUGUAUUGGCACAGACUGACCGUCGACCAUCUUUCGUCGGUCUGCUGGAGAAUGCUUUCUUAGCAUCAAGAUGGUUGGAUUUUAACGAUGGGAUAAGUCAUCUGGAAUUCGAUUAUUUUAUUCAUGAGAGAUUCUGGCCGAACUAGCCCAUUAUUAGCGGCGGCGGAAUAAACUGUUGGUUAAUCCCGAUGUUUGCUGUUGAUCGCGUCGUUAUAUGCAUUAGUGGAUAUUUAGCGGAUUAAUACAAAUUUCAAGCGUUGCUCACUUACAGCGAACGUCCACGAACUAGCGAGUGUUUCUUAUUACUAAAGGUGGUUGUGAUUUUGAACGGCAGAGAAUGCGGAAUUGAACGGAUGGCAUGAUUGCUUGUCGUAUGGAAAUUAUGACCGAAUUACAGUACCAGCGUAAAAACGUGCCGUUUGUUUUGCAAUUCGCUGCGAGUUAUUGCUAACCUAUUCGUACCUGUUUUUGUGAUCAGUGAAUCACUGUUCCACACCGAUUAUUUACCAGACACUCCUAUUAACAUCAGUCAGAGUUACGCGGCUGUUUUUUUGUCUUACUACGGCGUGUGCGUUAUGAGAUUUUUUUGCUCUUUAAUCCGCUGGUUUUGAUUUUUAUUUUGUUGUAUUUGAGCGUUUUUUCAUUGAUAAUUGGAACGAAUAACUGGGACGCUGUAAUGAUGGUUGUUCUUAGUUGAUUAUUCAUUAUGCACCAUAUUGUUCGUAUUCACAACAACGAGAGGCGGCUGUUUUUCGGGAUUAUCCAAACCUUUGUGAUUGUGUACCUCGUGGUCUGCGAUGCGGUGGAUGGUAAUGAGCAAUGCACUGCUCCGCGUUUCUCCGUCCAGCCGCAUCUCGCGGCGCCCGCUUGGGACUCACUUGCAGCGGGAUCAAGGGUGAUUCUAACAUGCAGCGCCACCGGCACUCCACCUCCAAAAUAUCGCUGGCUUAAGGACAACAUUACACUCAAUAUUAAUGAAGUCCUCGACAGUCCAGACUGGAUUGUGCAUCCAGUGUCCAGCGAAGAUAAUGGACUGUAUCGCUGCACGGCAGAAAAUCCCUGUGGCUCGGUGGUCAGCUCGGCCUUUCAUCUGGCGCUGCCACAUAUGUCACAAUUUGAUCCAGUAAUCGAAGCCACUCGCACUGUCAAUCGAGGCGAAGCGGUCAUUCUGCAACCGCCGGCUAUUAAUAGCAUACCUCCGGCCAUGUUCUCCUGGACGGGGGAUGGGGUGCCGAUUAGUCCAAGCGGAAAUCAUCGGAAAUAUGUGGUGACGCUGAACAACGCAUUGGUGAUAUUGGAUGCAGAUGUCGGUGAUUCCAAGCAUUACCGGCUGGAAGCGGUAAACAGGCAACUGAAUCAGACGAAAACGAGUGAUCCCAUCGGAAUUGUUGUAAAUGAUGUCCCGGUGUCUGUGGAUAGCGGCCCGCGUUUUGUUAUCCGGCCGAGCGAUGUGACCGGCAAACUGGGUGAUGCUCAAGCGGUUUUUGAAUGCAUAGUCAAUGCGAGGCCAUUGCCCGCGCUGCGUGUGCUGUGGCGGAGGCAGGAUGGGCAAUCACUGCAGGCGGAUGGCAUCAAUUAUUUAAUUACAUCAAAUGGAUACCGAAUGACAAUUCUCAACCCGGGACCGGCGUUUGAGGGCGAAUACGAGUGUGUUGCGGAAAUGGAAGGAUUUGGAAAUAUAACUGCAGCCGCGCAUUUAUCCAUUGCUGCAAGCCCAAAGAUUGUGCAAGCUCCCGAUGUGGAAAUUCACGCAGAUCUUGGCCGCUCGCUUACCAUUCCGUGCGGGGCUCAUGGGAAACCGGCGCCAAGGGUGACGUGGUACAAGAAUGCACUGCAAAUUACGCCAGAUUCGAUGACGCCUCUCCAGCUAAACAGCAAAUUCAAUCUGCUGGAUAAUGGCAGUCUGGAAAUGGCUAAAAUUGAGGAUGGAGAUGGUGGUAUUUAUCAGUGCUUUGUCCGUAAUGCUGUGGGGGAAGAAUCGAGCAGCACAUUGCUGAGGAUUAAGCGCUCGAUUACUGUGGACACAACGAUUCCGGUUAUAACCGUGGUAGAAAAUCAGUCGGCUCAGUUGAAUUGUCCUGGCAUAAUGCCUGCAUCUAAAACGGAGGUAGCUUGGUAUUUCAAAGGAGCAGCUGUUGUAUCGUCGGGCUCGAAUUACGGACUAGAUGAAACCGGGAGUUUAUCAAUCCCAUUCGCUUCGAAAUCUAUGGAAGGGAAUUAUUUCUGUAUAUCUGGACGGUCGGAUUCCAUGACAAAUCGUUCGGUUACAUUGGUUGUUAUCGAACGGACGAGAAUUACGGAUCCUCCUAGAGAUACUAAGUUGAUUAUCGGCUCCAAAGUUGUCUUCCAUUGUGGAAUAAAUAAGAAUUCAAACACCACCUUGGACAUUCAGUGGUUGCAAGACGGCAAAUUACUGGAUCCUGCUACGCUAACUUCAAGGCGCCAAAUUUUGAAGAACGGGAAUUUAAUCAUCAACAGCGCUCGAAAUUCGGACAUCGGACUGUACACAUGUCGUGUCUAUAGUUCUGCAGGAAAUGAUUCCCAAUCGGCUCGACUGGAUGUCAUUGAACUACCUUAUGCUCCGCACGUCCGUGCCGAACUCAUUAACGGUACAAAAUCAGUUAACAUAUCAUGGCUGCCAGAUUUUGAUGGAAAUUCGCCAAUUACGCGAUUCAUCCUCCAGUACAAACAGUUUACCAGCUCAAGUGAUUCUGCCACCGCAUUAACUGACAUGGACUGGCAAACUUUGCUCAGCAAUUUUUCGGCAACAGAUCGAUUUUAUAUUGUCAAAGAUUUGCGACCGUCGGCUUCUUAUCAGUUUCGCGUUAGCGCUGUGAAUAAUGUGGGAGAAGGAGCUUCCAGUGCGCCCUCGCAGCCGAUCGAGUUACCACAAACACCUCCAUCAUCACCUCCAAAAGUGGCUGCGAGUCCCAGGAAUGCAACAGCCAUCAUGAUUCAGUGGCAGCCUCCCGCCGAGACCGACUGGAAUGGCCCCCUCCUCGGCUACACCAUCCGCUACAAACUGGCCGGCUACAGUGAGCUCUCGUGGACUGAAGUGGCCCUUAACGAAGAGGGACGGCGUAACUACAUGCUUGAGGAUCUGAUUCCCUGGAAGAUGUAUGAAAUCCAAAUGGCCGCCUGCAACAACAAAGGAACCGGUAUUUGGUCGGACAGUGUGCGUGUCAAAACGCAAGAAGGAGUGCCCGAGGCUGCUCCCACUGAUGUAGUGGCCACACCGCUUUCAUCGACAUCACUAUCGGUCAGCUGGAAACCACCUGAUCCGCAGCAUAUCAACGGCGUCAACCAAGGCUACCGCGUGGAAGUUUGGCUGCGCCCUGUCAACACAUCUGGUGGCGCUAUUAAGAAAAUUGAGGUGGCACCCAGUCCCUAUGAUCCGUCGGAAAGACUGUCCACUGUUGUGGAUAGUUUGGAUAAAUAUACAGCAUACAGUGUAACAGUUUUGUGCUUCACGGGGGCCGGAUCCGGUCCGAAAAGUAUCGCUGUUCCCGUGACCACCAUGGAAGAUACACCCGGCCCUGUGCAUAAUUUGCAUGUGUUCGAUAUUCGGGAUCGCUCCAUUAAACUGUCCUGGAAUAUACCGGAACAUCCCAACGGGAUUGUUACUGACUUCGUCAUCGAGUGCGGCCAAUUUGAAAUGGAAACCAAUGCCACGAUCAACGUUCAGAAGUUUCGGUUGGAGGGAUGGAGGCGCAGUUUCACAAUCGAAAGCCUCCAACCUCAGACGAAUUACGCGCUAAAGGUUCUGGCCGAAACGAAAGUCGGGGCCGGUGAAGUGAGAGUGGUGAGAAUCCGGUCAAGUAUGCCGCCAACACUUCCUUGUCCGCCUAGCAACCUAGUGAUCACCAGUGUGGAAGCGAAAAAGGCGGUGGUACAAUUUGAUCCCGGUUGCGAUGGAAAUACUUCCAUUCUGCAGAUUAACGUCGAUAUCCAGACUAGAGAUAUGAAAGCUGACGAAUGGAAGCGGUUGCUGGAGGUGACAGAGAACACGUCGAAUCCGAUGGUGCAGUUGGAAAAACUGGGGCCAAGUGUUGAAUACCGAAUAAGAUUGAGUGUGGACAAUGUGGUCGGACAAAGUGCACCGAGCCGACCUUCUGAUUGGUUUCAGACGUUAGCCGACAGUCCGUCGAACCCGCCCGGCAAUUUGACAUUAAGAGCCAUUAAUGCCACCGCCAUCCGCGCUCGUUGGACGCCGCUUGUUACGGACCAAUGGAAUGGGAAAACCGGAAGUUAUUUGCUUGUCUUCCGAUCGCUAAAUGAUACGCCGGUGACACAAUCCAUGCGGAAUGUCGUGGUGAAUGACAGCAGUGUGGGCAGUUUGGUGCUGGCCAAUCUGGAGGAAUUCACGCAGUAUGAAGUCAGGAUUGCCGCUGUUAAUGCCAUCGGAUCAAGUGAUCAGAGCACUCCCGUUCUGGAAAGCACUCGAGAAUCGGUGCCAAGUCAAAGUCCCAGCAACAUCUUAGUACACGCCAUCGGAUCUAGCAAAAUCGUAGUCCAGUGGGGAAAUAUUUCCGCUGUUCACCAUAAUGGUAUAUUGUUGGGCUACAAUAUCUAUUACGCCUCUGGUCCUGAUCAGCGCGUUCUCAAUAUCGGUGACCCAAACAUUCACCAUGCGACGCUGUACGACUUGGACAAGUACACCGAGUACAGCAUCCAGGUCGCCGGGGUGACGCGAAUGGGUGCCGGCAGCCGGUCUGUACCAAUUAUCGAAAAGACAUUGGAAGAUUAUCCCGAUCAACCCUAUAAAGUGACCUUCCCGGAUGUGAGCGAAACCCAGGUGCGCAUGGCAUGGGAGCCGCCUUUGCAUUCCAACGGACGCAUCCUGGGAUAUCGAGUUUCAUACCGACAAGAAGAAUUAGCUGUCGACAGUGCACCUCUGUUCUUGUCUCCGGAAUUAAAUUCUUUCACGGUACAUAAUCUGCUGCCAAGGAGUUCUUACUUGUUCACAUUAGCGGCUAAUACAUCGGUGGGAUGGGGGCCAGCCAUUGAAUUGCUGGUGAAAACCCAACUACAGCGAGAAUUUCCUGAAAGACCGGGUAAACCAACGGUCAGUGUGUCCAUGGUCCAAUCCAAAGCCCUUUCCAUUAGUUGGCUACCGGGACGGCAGGAUGAUGCCGCUCCGGUUAGGUAUUAUCGGAUCCAAUUUGCACAGGCGGGAAGUGAUGUGUGGAAUUCAGUGAAUGAGCGCGUCGAGGGAAGAAUAACUUCUUUUAGCGUUCGUGGGUUGCUGCCAAACACGGGCUACAGAUUCUGCGUACAGGCAAUCAACGACCUAGGCGUUAGCGAAUGGAGCGAUCAGUCUGACGUUGCGAAGACCGCUGAAGACGUCCCUGAAUCUGCACCAACGGGAGUUACCGCUACGCCGUAUACAACGUCUUCCCUUACCAUAUCGUGGAAAGCACCGAUCUCAGGGCUUAACGGUGACCUUCUUGGUUAUGUCCUGCAGUUCCACCGGCUUCAGCCGGGCGUAUUUGGUGGAUCUAUACCUUUCGAAGAAGUUAUUGUUAAGCAAAAUGCCACAACAUACAACCUUACCGAUUUGGCCAGAGAUUCUACUUACGAAGUUCGGAUAGCGGCAGCUACGCGGCCCGGCCGAGGACCGUUCACUCCCAUUGUGGCUGCAUUUGUCGGAGAAGCAGUACCAUUGAUUCGACCCACGGAUGUCAUAGUUGGAGUGUCCAGUCCAUCAGCGGUGUCGGUCUCAUGGCAUGCUCCAGUUGGUGUACUGGAUCAAUCUGUUACGGGAUACAAAGUGUUUUAUAUGGAUACUGUCACCAGCGAGGAGCACACCGAUUUUGUUCCCCCAUCAUCGAAUCGUCAUCAAAUCCGUUCUCUCCGUCCCUUCCGGACGUACACGAUCUCCAUUGCGAUCUUUAAUUCUGCCGGGGAUGGUCCACGCGCUGGUGGAGUGAACGCCACCACCCUGGAGUCGACGCCGGAUCCGCCGCAGAAGGUCUGGUUGGCCGGUAUUCAGCUGACACAGUUAACGGUGAUGUGGGAGCAGCCGCAACGAACGAACGGCAUUAUUCGAGGAUAUGAAGUACUCUGCCGCCCUCUGGCCGUGGAGAAGGCGGCAAGGAAUUUCACGACGGCUGCCACUGAUAGAUCUCUUACGAUCACGGAUCUCGAAGAGGGCUUAGCUUACAUUAUUAGUGUCCGAGCGGAAACCGGACGAGGUUUUGGUAACUGGAGCAGUGCCAAUGUGACAGUGGGGCCGCAGACCGGUUCACCGGCAAAACCGACAGAUUUGGCAGUGCAGAUGUCGGAAAGCUCAGUAAAUAUGCGUUGGGUAAAUAGCGACAAAGGCCAGGCACCGAUUUUGGGUUAUCUGAUUCAAGGACGGAAAGAAAGCGGCAGCUGGGAUACUCUGGAAACAUUGAACGAUGGUUUGGCUGAUUUUCAUCAAUUGAGUUAUUUAAAGUUAUUACCGGGAACGCGCUAUCGAUUCCGCGUGGCAUCCUACAAUAAUCUAGGAAUCAGCUACGCCAGUGAACCGUCUGUCGUAAUUCAAACCCCGAAUCACGUUGUCGAAAUUGCUCGGAAUCGGCCGUUUUAUAUGGAAGUGUGGUUUCUUAUUUUGGUAGCAGCUGUCGGAAGCGUCUUUGUGAUACUUUUAAUCGCGUGUUUAUGCAUCAAAAGUAAAACGGCAAAGUACAGACAGGAAGUGGAAAAAGUAACCUCCACUGCCGACAUGCUGCAGUUUCCCGAGGAUGACGAAUUCGCUGCUCCAACCGCUUUCGAACUGCGGCAGUCGAUGCGCCGAUCCGCUAGAAAACUUCCUCCAAACAACAACAUUUACUCCACCUCCACCACAAAUUCCCUGAAGCGGAAGACGACAUCCGCCAGCACAGCGCGUCCCCCGCCGUUUAUUAUUGCCGCCCCUCCCACCGGUAUCGUUCCUAGCAUCGCCUACUCGGACAUCGGUGACACUAGCGACAUUUACCCUCCCCAUAUCAAUCGGGGCUAUGUCAACGAAGGAUCAGCAUCCGCGUCGCGCGCUAGUUCCUCGCUGACGGAAAAGCCAUCUGAAAUGCAUGAAAGCAGCACGGAUGAAGUGGACGAUGGGAGCGCCGAAGGGGAGAACCGGUUGGAGGGCGAUCCGGAUGAGCAGAGCAGUUCCUUUGUUAAUCAUUAUGCGAAUUUGACUAGCACGUUGCGACGGCCGUGGCUGGCGGAGGGAGCGGGAACCAGUGAGCGAAGGCUGCCUCCGAGGAUGAUGGAAGAGCCACCACGUCCACCGUAUCGACGGAGUACGGCCACCAGUAUAUCUGCCAGUAUUGCCGACAGUGAUUCGACCAGUGCAAGUUUGAAUGGGCAUCUGCUGCUCAACAUCACCAAUAAACCCGGGAGUCGCAACCCGUUGCCGGGGUUUUCUUCCUUUGUCUAAGCGCCCACGCGGUUGGCGGGCUUUUUUGUUCUCGUUUUCACCAAAGUUUCGGAUAGAUUUUUUUGAUUAGUCCAAGCUGAUUUCAACCAGUUGCUCUUUCAGCAGUAUUGCGUAGUUUUUAUGUCUUCGCUUUCGUACAGGACCACGUUUUAUGGUCGUAUUUUUUGUUGCCGUACAACGAUUUUAGCAUUGUUCUUUGUAUGAGUGUUACGUUUCAUUGUCGAUUUCUGCAGCUCGAAUAAGCUGUACAGUACUUGAUAAGCCUAUAUUGUUCGUGCUGUAUAGAGAGAUAAAAGGUUUUUGUUAUUG